CCGCAGCGGCAACAACUGACGUGUCCCCGCCAUGGAGCUCGGCGUGAUUCAUCGGCGGCAGCGGGGCGGCAGCGGGGCGCCGCGCUCCGCUCCCGCGUAGGCACUGCCGCGGCGGGGACAGCCCCGGCUCCGCUCCGCCGCCCGCGCCGCCCUCCUCCCUCCUGCUCUGCCUCGCCGCCUCUCCUCUUCCCCCGCGGCUAGGCGAAUAUCCCGGGGGAGGCAAGAUGGAAGAAAUCCUGCGAAAGCUGCAGAAGGAGGCGUCGGGGAGCAAGCACAGGGCCAUCAAGGAGAGCUGCACCUGGGCCAUCGAAACCUUGGAUUCUCCUGAUGCUGCUAUCAAGAUACCACCAUAUCAGCUGAGGGAGAAGUGUCUCCUUCCUCUUCAACUGGCUCUGGAAUCAAAGAGCAUGAAGCUGGCCCAACAGGCUCUAGCAGGGAUGCAGAAGCUGCUGUCUGAUGAGAGGUUUGUAUCCGUGGAAACAGACUCAGAUGAGAAACAAUUGCUUAAUCAGAUGCUGAAUGCUGUCAAAGUGACUCCUUCGCUCAAUGAAGACCUGCAAGUUGAAGUGAUGAAGGUCUUGCUCUGUAUAACAUAUACCUCCACCUUUGAGCUGAAUGGCAGUUCAGUGUUGAAGAUUGCUGAGGUUUGCAUUGAGACAUAUGUAUCUAGCUGUCACCAGCGGAGCAUUAACACCGCUGUGCGGGCAACCCUCAGCCAAAUGUUGAGUGACUUGACUUUACAGUUACGACAAAAGCAAGAAAACGUGAUAGUUGAAAACCCUGACACCUUGCAGAAAUUCAAGAGUCAAGGUACUUCAGCUGAGUCUCUUUGUGAUGAUGUUGUAUCUGUCCUCACUGUGCUCUGUGAGAAGCUCCAGGCUGUCAUAAAUGACAAUCGUCAACUUCAGCUUCUUUACUUGGAGUGUAUUCUCUCCAUGCUGAACAGCUCCUCCCCCAGCAUGCACCAGCACAAAGGAUUCACUGAUCUAAUAUGGAAGCAACUGUGUCCAGCCCUAAUAGUAAUCCUGGGAAAUCCAAUCCAUGACAAAACUAUCACCUCUGCCCACAGCAGCAUCUGCCUUGAGGCUGAUUCACCUUCCUCAGGGAUCUCUGAUCAUGGCCGGGGUUCAGGUUGUUCUUCCACAGCACCUGCCCUUAGUGGGCCCGUUGCACGGACCAUAUAUUAUAUUGCAGCAGAACUGGUUCGACUGGUGGGGUCAGUGGAAUCCAUGAAGCCUGUGCUACAGUCUCUGUAUCACCGGAUGUUGCUUUACCCACCGCCUCAACAUCGAGUAGAAGCCAUCAAAAUUAUGAAAGAGAUACUUGGCAGUCCUCGGCAGCUUUGUGAUUUAGCAGGGCCCUGCUCUUCUGAGUCAGAAUGCAAGAAGAGGUCUAUUUCUAAAAGAAAGUCCCAUCUGGAUCUUCUCAAGCUCAUCAUGGAUGGGAUGACGGAAGCGUGCAUCAAAGGUGGUAUUGAAGCCUGUUAUGCUUCAGUGUCCUGUGUCUUUGCCCUGCUUGGAGCAUUAGAUGAGCUGAGCCAAGGGAGGGGUCUUAGUGAAGAGCAGAUCCAGCUGCUGCUCCAGCGCUUGGAAGAAUUGAAGGAUGGGACUGAGACAAGCAGGGACUCCAUGGAGAUCAAUGAUGCUGACUUCAGGUGGCAGAGACGCAUCCUGUCCUCAGAAAACCCUGCCUGGGAAUCGGGAAAUGAGAAGAGUCCCGAUAUCAGCAUUAGCGUUACCACAGACACUGGUCAGACUACUUUGGAAGGGGAUAUGGGACAAACAACUCCAGAGGAUAAUCCAGAAAAUCAAAAAAACUCCCUGCCAUCUCCAGCUGUACACGAAAGCAAAGAGAUUCAUUACAGAGAACCAGAGUCAGAAACCAUUGACCAGCCAGAUGUUGUUCAAAGAAGCCACACCAUAGUCUAUCCAGAUAUAACUAACUUUUUAUCAGUUGAUUGCAAGACCCGGUCCUAUGGAUCCAGAUACAGUGAAAGUAACUUCAGUGUAGAUGACCAGGACCUUUCUAGGACUGAGUUCGAUUCAUGUGACCAGUAUUCCAUGGCAGCAGAAAAGGAUUCGGGCAGGUCUGAUGUCUCAGACAUAGGUUCUGACAAUUGUUCCCUGGCUGAUGAGGAGCAGACGCCACGGGAUUGUCCAGGUCACAGGUCCUUACGCACUGCUGCUCUCUCUCUGAAGUUGCUGAAGAGCCAAGAAGCAGAUCAACACAGUGCACGGCUCUUCAUCCAGUCACUUGAAGCGCUUCUUCCUAGGCUUAUAGGUCUUCCCAGCAUAGAAGAAGUGGAUGGAGCACUGCAGAGCUUCUCUUCAACAUUCUGCUCAGUUACUCACCUUAUCCACGCCCCCAAAGUGACGACAGUGGAAAGUCCAAGAAGGCAGCAGCACAGAGCUUUCAAAUCCUCACGAGGUAUGAUGCACUCACCAGGAUUUGAGGGAAACCUAAAUUUCAGCUUCCAGACUCUGAUGAAUGCAGACAGUCUCUACGUGGUAUCACAUUACACGUUGCUGCUCAACCUAAAAUUGGCAAACUCAGAUUACUACAGGAAGAAGCCUGCCCAAGCCCCUGUGUUGCUGAAAGAGUUCAUGAAGCAGGUCCAGUCCAGUGGAGUGUUGAUGGUAUUUUCCCAGGCGUGGGUUGAAGAACUGUACCACCAGGUACUAGAAAGGAACAUGCUAGGGGAAGCUGGAUACUGGGGAAGCCCUGAGGAGCACAGCCUUCCACUUAUCAGCAUGCUGACAGACAUCAACGGCUUGGGCAGCAGUGCAAUUGGUGGCCAAUUGAUGGCAUCUGCUUCAGCUCAAUCUCCUCUUUCCCAGAACCAGAAGACAGAUGAUUCUGUUGUUGCAGGAAUUGCUUUUGCCCGUUACAUUUUAAUUGGCUGUUGGAAGAACUUGAUUGACACUUUGUCCACCCCGCUGACCGGCCGCAUGGCAGGCAGCUCCAAGGGGCUGGCCUUCAUCUUGGGAGCAGAAGGAGCCAAAGAGCAGAACCAGAAGGAGAAGGACUCCAUCUGUGUGAGCCUGGAUGGACUAAGGAGGGCAGCCCGGCUGAGCUGUGCUCUAGGAGUUGCUGCUAACUGUGCAUCUGCUCUUGCCCAAAUGUCUGCGGCCUCCUGUGUCCAAGAAGAGAAAGAGGAAAAAGAAAUCCAAGAACCCAGUGAUGCUAUAGCUCAAGUGAAACAGAAAGUGGAGCAGAAACUGGAGCAGAUGGGGAAAGUGCAGGGAGUCUGCCUGCACACUGCUCAUGUUUUGUGUAUGGAUGCAGUCCUUAAUGUGGGUCUGGAGAUGGGAAGCCAUAAUCAGGACUGUUGGCCUCAUGUAUUCAGGGUGUGUGAGUACAUCAGCACGCUGGAGCACACCCACUUCAGUGAUGGUGCUGCCCAGCCCUCCCUUACCAUCACCCAGUCACAGCAAACACCCGGAGGGCAGCACCCCGACUCUGAGCCCGGGGAGGCUCCUCAGGCACUGACCCCCGAGCAGGAGGCCACCCUCAGCAGCCACCCUGUCAUUCAGCCAGUUUCUAUCCAGGAACUCAUCAAGGACAGCAGUAAGGGCAGAGCUUUUGACUUCCGUGGGGGCAGUUUGCUGUGUGGUACCAGUGCUGCCAAGGCUGUUCUCACGCUCUCCACGCAGGCUGACAGGCUUUUUGAAGAUGCUGCUGACAAGUUAAACCUGACGGCAUUGGCAGGCUUCCUUUACCAGCUCAAGAAGGCUUCUCAGGCCCAGCUUUUCCAUUCGGUUACAGAUACAGUUGAUUACUCUCUAGCAAUGCCAGGUGAAGUAAAAACUACACAGGACAGGAGAAGUGCUCUUCACUUAUUCCGCCUUGGGGAUGCCAUGCUCAGAAUUGUAAGGAGUAAAUCCCGCCCAUUGCUCCACCUCAUGCGCUGCUGGAGCCUGGUGGCUCCUCACCUUGUAGAGGCUGCCUGUCACAAGGAGAGACAUGUGUCUCAGAAGGCUGUCUCCUUCAUCCAUGACAUUCUCACAGAAGUGCUGAUGGACUGGAACGAGCCUUCUCACUUUCACUUCAAUGAGGCACUUUUCCGCCCCUUUGAGCGCAUCAUGCAGCUGGAGCUGUGUGAUGAGGACGUCCAAGACCAGGUGAUCACCUCUAUAGGCGAGUUGGUGGAAAUGUGUUCUACCCAGAUCCAGUCGGGAUGGAGACCCCUGUUCAGUGCCCUGGAAACAGUGCAUAGCAGCAGCAAGUCAGAGGUCAAAGAGUACCUUGUAGGAGAAUACUCUAUGGGGAAACGCCAGGCUCCAGUGUUUGAUGUCUUUGAAGCAUUUCUAAACACAGACAACAUCCAGGUCUUUGCCAAUGCUGCAACCAGUUAUAUUAUGUGCCUUAUGAAGUUUGUCAAAGGACUGGGGGAAGUAGAUUGUAAGGAGAUGGGUGACUGUGUGCCAGGAUCAGGAUCUGCAUCUACAGACUUGUGCCUUCCUGCACUUGAUUACCUCAGGAGAUGUUCUCAGUUGUUAGCCAAAAUCUAUAAAAUGCCCUUGAAACCCAUCUUUCUCAGUGGCCGGCUGGUUAACUUGCCCCGAAGAGCACAGGAACAGUCAGCCAGCAGUGAGGAUGGGAUUGAGUGCAUUCUUUCUGACUUUGAUGAUGACACUGGCCUUAUCAAUGUCUGGAUUAUUCUGCUGGAAGAAUUAACAACUGCCAUAUCCAACUGUCCCCGUCAGCACCAGCCUCCUACUUUGGAUCUGCUCUUUGAGUUGCUAAGGGACGUUGCCAAGACACCUGGACCAGGAUUUGGCAUUUAUGCAGUUGUACAUCUUCUUCUUCCCACGAUGUCUCUUUGGCUCCAUCGCAGCCAUGGUGACCACUCUUACUGGGAUGUGGCGUCUUCUAAUUUCAAGCAUGCCAUUGGCCUUUCCAGUGAACUUGUGGUGGAGCACAUUCAGAAUUUCAUACACUCAGAUAUUGGUUAUGAAAAUAUGAUCAAUUCUAUGUUGAAAGAUCUUUUCAAGUUACUGGUAGCCUGUGUAGCAGAACCAACAGAAAUUAUUUCCAGAGUUGGCUGCUCCUGUAUCAGGUAUGUGUUGGUGACAGCAGGGCCUGUUUUUACUGAAGAGAUGUGGAGGCUUGCAUGUUGUGCCUUGCAGGAUGCAUUCUCUGCCACUCUGGAGCCAGUAAAGAACCUGUUGGGCUAUUUCCACAGUGGUACUGAAAGCUUUAGUGGAGAUGCCUGUGAAGUGAAGGUGGCAGCCCCCUCCCUCUCGCCAAGUGCUGAAGCUGAGUACUGGAGGAUCAGAGCCAUGGCACAGCAGGUCUUCAUGCUGGAGACUCAGUGCUCCCCAAAAACCCCUAGCAACAAGGAAGGGUUUGAACAUGCCCAGUCGUGUGUGCUCAUCAUUGACCUGCCACCAGAUAAGAAACCAAAUGGGCAUAACCAGAGAAGGAAGCUGGGUAUUCCUUUUAGGACAAUAGUGGUGAGCUUGCUGUCCCACCAAGUACUGCUGCAGAAUUUAUAUGACAUCUUGCUGGAAGAAUUUGUGAAAGGCCCUUCUAACUUGGAGGAGAAAAUGGCAAUACAAGUACCAGAAAACAAGUUGGCUGGUUUUCUCAGGUACAUCUCCAUGCAAAACCUGGCUGUCAUCUUUGACUUACUCCUGGACUCCUACAGAACAGCCAGAGAGUUUGACACCAGACCUGGGCUGAAGUGUUUGUUGAAAAAAGUGUCUGGCAUUGGUGGAGCUGCCAACUUGUAUCGCCAGUCAGCAAUGAGCUUCAACAUCUACUUCCAUGCUUUGGUUUGCGCAAUCCUGACAAACCAGGAGAACAUCACUGCAGAGCAAGUGAAAAAGAUCCUCUUUGAAGAUGAUGAAAGGAGCACGGACUCAUCACAGCAGUGUUCUUCAGAAGAUGAAGACAUUUUUGAAGAAACUGCCCAGGUCAGUCCCCCACGAGGGAAGGAGAAGAGGCAGUGGAGGGCUCGAAUCCCAUCUUUGAGCGUCCAGCCAGUCAGCAAUGCCGACUGGGGGUGGCUGAUCAAACGGCUUCACAAGCUCUGCAUGGAACUGUGCAACAACUACAUCCAAAUGCAUCUGGACCUGGAGAACAAUGUAGAGGAGCCUCCAGUUUUCAAAGGUGACUCUUUCUUCAUUUUACCAUCUUUUCACUCAGAAACCUCUACCCCAUCAACCGGAGGGCUGUCUGGAAAGGACACACCAUCAGAAGAUGACCGAAGUCAAAUCAGGGACCAACUGGGAGACAGCUUGACACCUCGAGGAGGGAGUGGAGAAAUAUUGCUGUUACCCCCACCCCUGAGUCCUAAACCAGAAAAGAAAGAGCAAACCAAGAAAAAAGAAUGGUGGGAAAGUGCUGGCAACAAAAUCUACACCAUAGCCACUGACAAAACCAUCUCCAAGUUUAUGACAGAAUACAAGAAGAGAAAGCAGCAACAGGUCAUGACAUCAUUCACCAAAGAGGUCAAAGUGGAAAAGAAAGGGGAGCUCCUGGGUUCAAGAGGGCCAGACUCACCUGUGCUCCAGCGGCCACAGCAUCUUCUAGAUCAAGGUCAAAUGAGGCAUUCAUUCAGUGCUGGUCCAGAGAUCCUGAGACAAGAGAAGAGACCCCGUUCAGGGUCCACAGUCAGCUCCCUGAAUAUAUCUAUUAGGGAUGCAGAAGCCCAGAUACAGGCAUGGACCAACAUGGUGCUGACAGUUCUCAACCAGAUUCAGGCUCUGCCAGACCAAACCUUCACAGCCCUGCAGCCAGCAGUGUUUCCCUGUAUCAGCCAGCUGACUUGCCAUGUGACAGAUAUCCGUGUCCGCCAGGCAGUACGGGAAUGGCUGGGAAGAGUGGGCCGAGUUUACGAUAUCAUAAUUUAAACCAAGCUGUGCUCUGUUGCAAAAGGCAGAAGACAUUCAAGAUAUACAGCAAAGAAGUACUUGGGGUUCAUUAAUUGCCUGUUUGUUGGUGAGAAAUUAUUUAUAUUGUCUGUCCACCUGAGAUUGUGUUUCCAUCACUCACACCAGCAAAGGAGGCAAAGCAUGAGUCUGUUUAGAGGAUCUGGCAUGGCCCCAGAACCCAGAACCUAUCCCUAAAUCAGGCUCCUACCAGAAGAGGUGCAUUUCAUAGCCUUCGUUUUAAUUCAAAUUUGCAGCAGUGGAAGCCACCAGAAACUGCAGCAGAACUUCCACGCUUGAAAUUAGCUGUGAGUGCAACUGUCAUGUGGGUGUCAAACCAGGUUAGUAAACCUAUUUAACUUAGAAAAUAAAUAAAUAAAUCAAAGUCAGUGAAAAGGUGAGGCUGUAGGACAAGUAAGAAGGUGACAUUUUUUAGGGUAACAUCUUCCCUUCAAAAAUUGCCAUGAGGGAGGGUAGCCAACUAAAGAUUGUUGUAGUAACUAAAUGUGUCACUCACUAGAGAAGGUGGAAAUUUAUUUUGCUCCAAAAAGAGCCUUUGUAGUCCUAUUUGGAGUAGCUAAAAAAUCCCAGGUCUAAAAUGGGUGAACCAAGCACAGGCUAUUGAUCCUUUCAUUGCUCUUACGGAGUAUUGGUCAAAGAGAAAUGGCACUGUCAAGCUGCCCUCUCGGCAACACCACCCUGGCUGCCUCUUCACCUAUGCCUACAGCUGAGCAUUUUUCUAUAUGUCUAAUUCCCUCUAAGGGCAAAAGAGAAGUUUGUUUUGCUCUUUCCAGUGAAGCUGUGGGGAAGACACACCACAGCAAAUACCAGCAUGUGCCAGUAUCCAGCAUUCAAUUAAGCAAAGUGUUCCAGUUUAAGCACCACUGCAGCUGUUAUUCUACUGGAAAUUUAUGUUUGAUUAUGUAGAGCUGCUGUAGCCAGAAACAACCUUAUCACCUUUGUUAAAGGCAGCCUAUCACUCCACUUGGAGCUGAAGCAAGAUGGAAAAUGGUGUGAAAGGGAGGUAUAUUUCUUGUUUCUCUCUCAUUUCUUGUCUGCUGCUGUAAAUAGAAAAGGACAGAUCCUCAUGGAGGUACAUCCCCCUCCAUGCAGCACUCCUACUGGGACUAUUGCAAUUUGCUGUUAUUAGUAAAAGGGAGGAGAAGGGGAAGGAUUGACUGUUGUGUUGUCAAAUGCAUAUGUGAUGCUUUUCACACUAUACAAAGCAAGGGGUUACCUUGCUGCACAAGUUAUGUCACAGCUCUUGGGACAUUUCAUCCCAUACUCCCAUGCUAUAUCACUUGUUGAUAACUUGUUGAAAAUUAGUUGAUUUUAAUUUUGGGUGACUCCUUAAUGCUCUUCUCCCAAGGCUUUUAAAAUGUGCAUGCCAACUAAAUAUACAGCUUCAGUCCAUGCUCCAAAGCAUCCUAACAAGAUCAUCUCUUUAUGUAAGGCCUGGAUUUUGCAAAACUCACUGCUUUUAGCAUCUUAAACCUGGAAAAACAGAGGGAGCCAAGAAGCUCCACUGAACAGCCAUCUCCCAAGCUGCUUUGUUUACAAAGGCUCUGACACUAUCCUCCUGCCUUUUCCCUCCAUUGCCUACUUCCCAUUUGUCACAUGCUAGUCUUGUGCAGGGAGUAUUUGUCCCAUAACUUUCUGUAGUGCCAGUCAUGCUGUUUCUCUUGAUUUAAAAAGUUUCUUUUGCUAAAUUGUUUAAAGGACAUAAAAAUUCUGCAAAACAAGCUAUUUUCUAUCACCUAAUCUGUCUUUAUGAAUUAUUAAUUUAACAGUGUUUUCAAUUGUCAGUUUUCCCCCAACAGUCUUAAUACUUCCUCAGGAACAGGUUAUAUUAUGCUUUGGAAUUUGGGAGAGUAGUAGCAUAGUUUGAUUUCUGUUGCCAUGUCAUUCUUAUACAUCUUUAGGCAGAGUGAAAGUGUGGUCACACUUUUUAUUAAAGUUUUUAUUUGGCAUUUAUACUGUUUAGUUUAUAUUCGGCAUUAAUUAGGCAACAACAGAAAUCAGAAUUAUAAACAAUGUUCAAAGCAGCCACCUCUGAUGGUUUUCAUUAUAAAUGCAUUGAGUGGAUGCAGGUCCUUGCUGUACUGAUCUAAAACUAAUGCAAAUCCCUAUAUUAUGUAGGGGAAAUAAAUUUAUAGCAGUAUGAGUGAAAUCAUUCAGGACUACAGAAGAGAUCCUAGAAUCUAGGAAACACUAUGGUUGCAUUGUGGUUGCAAUACAAAAUUCUUCUGUAAAUCAGAAAGAAAAGCUUUAAGAGUGCCAAUACCAUUACCACCACCUCCCUCAAACUCAUGAACACAGUAUAACCUAGUGUUACUUCAUUAGCCACCAUCUUGACCUAAAAUGUAAUUUCAUUUUAACUAUUUACACUACAAAUACCACAUUGGGAAAUGAGAAUAAGUAAAUAUGCUAUGUUGCUGUUGGCCUGUUUUGAACUUUGUCCUUCAAAUUAUGCACUAAGUGCCCAUUGUCAUCCUCAGUGCCUCUACUCAUUAAGAUCCCUCCCUUAAAGGUCAUAAGUAACUUUGAAUAAUUCCAGAAAUGUAAUUUAGAAGGAGGGGAGAAGGAAUAUUUGAAGCAGCAAUUAUUUACCGAGUAAUUUACAGAACAAAGUUCAGCAUGUGCUGCUCUUCCUUUUCCUUGUGUGUAUAAAAUGCUAACCAGGUGAGGAGGGUGGCCCAUGGCCACUUCAGUGACCACAACCACAAGCCAAAGCUUUCUGAUGCACCUUCAAAAUAUAGAUAAAUUAAAAUCAGUUGGUUCAUCAGAUUCUCAGAAAUUUUUCUGCUAGUUUAGCUAUAGACAUCAGUAAGCUCAAAAGACAUAGAAUAAUAAAAGUGCAAUAUCACUAUUUCAUAGGUCCUGUGUGGCCUGUUUCAUGGCUCAUGACACGAUACCUUCAGACCUCAUAAAGCAAGCUUUUAGCCCAAAGGAGAAGUCUGCCAGAACAGUCUGAGGAAAAGGGGCUGGCAUCAGCCUGUCCUGAGCUUCAGAAGGGGAAUUCCCUACACGGCACACCCCACUCAUGUCCUUGCUACACUGGCUUUUCUGCUUUCUGCUUGUGAAUGAGGAAGCACCUCAGUCAGUAGCAGUAGUUGUCCUUGGAUGCACGUGUGUAUUCACACGUGUAUAUUCACACGUGUACCUCAUUCAAAUCCUUACUUUUAGCUCUAUAACCUUAUGCAUGGCAGAGUACUGACAGCUUUACUGUUGAACCAAACCUUUGAACCUUGAGCAAACCAGCCUCUCUGCACUGCAACCUGAGCUUGCUCUUUCUCUUUGUCUUGGUUAAUGACCACCUCUCUUUUAUUGCCCUUACUUUUUUUGUCACAUAAAUAUCUAUAGGAAUUGGGUUUGGUUUUUUUUAAAUGAGCUGGCCGGUUGUUUUAAAACUGAUUGCCCAGUAAAUUUUGCUCAACUGAAAUGCUUUAAAAAAGAAGAUGUGAUAGCUUGACAUCUUUCUCAGGUACCAGAGCUGCACCUCUGCUGCCUUUGCCUAAUUCACAUUGCCCUCCUCAGGGCCACCACAGCCAGCAAAGGCAAGGACAUGUCAUUUUAAAAUCUUGUAGGCAGUUGCUAACAGAGAAAGUUGCUGCUGCCCAGCAUCAACUACCUUUAAGCACAUGAAAUAGGUCAUCACUGUGCAAAUAUUUAAAGCUGAGAAAAGCAGAGUGCUCAUCAGGAAAGCAAUCCUUUUCCUAUAGAACAGGGGCAGGGUUUGACCCCAGCUUACAUGGUCUCAGGUCAUUGCAUAUGUUUGCACAUCAUUCUGCACUGUGAACAUAUGCAGUCAUAUGAGAUGAUUGACAUGUAUAUGUACAGAUACCUGUGGCUCCAGUCACUGCCGUAUUCUGGGAAUUCAGCAUAUUUUCAGAGAGCUAUCCACAUUAGUAACAUGCUUAUCUGCUGUGUUAUGUAUUUGUGUCACACCAGCAAUGGCUCACACAUUAUUAUGGUACCUUUUCUGAGCAACCAUUGAAUUACCACCACUAUCUCUUAGUUAACAUGCCUUCAUGUCUUUAUGAUGUUAAAAUACAGAUUUAAUUCUUUCCUAGGGAUAAACACUCAUUUGAGAAUAACUGACUUAAUUUACCAUGUAGAAAGAAUUAUUAGAAAAAUAUUUACACAGACCUGGGCAAUACUUUCCUUGUACAACUCCCAGCACGGGCAACACAGCUUUUGCCUCAUGACAGAUGAAAAAUUUAUGUCAUCUGCACUGUGGCUUACUCAUGUCAAGGCCAUGCACAGUUUACACCUGCAACUUGUAAGGUGUUUUCCCUUUCAGUUUGAGCUUCAAGUUCUGUUUAAAACUUAAAUCUUUAUGUAAAAUUCACUGAGAAAUCCUCACUCACCAAAGAUAAAACCCCCACCUCUAAGUACCAUGUGCAAUCUUCACCUGUACUUUAUAUAGCAGCAUCUCACUAUUGUUAUCAACACUGCAGAGCCCAGCACAGCACUGGCAUAAAACCAAGUGGCGAACAAGUUAGAAAGUAGAGUCCAGCUCCAUAGUCUGCCUCCACUUUGUACCUUUCUUCACAGCUUGGGCCCACACUCAAAGUGCUGAAGCUGUCACAAUCAAUGGAAGUUAAGUAGCUAGGGAUCUUUAAUACUCAGCACUCAGUCCUUGAAUUCUUCAAUCUCUAUGUAGGGGUUCACAAGUUCUCAGGAAAGGGGAAGUCCUCUAAAGUUUUUUGUGUCACACUCUCUGCUGCUGUCCUCCAUACACCUCCUGCUUAAAAAAUCCACGGGAACCAGCACACAGUCCUACACAACCCUAUACUGCAAAACUAGAACCCUCACUUCUUCGCAGAUCCAGCAAGCCAAAGUGAUUUAUUUUUCACCUAGCUCAUGUGUAUAGAAGCCUGUUGAGAAAUUGUGCGUGUGGUUUGGCUAUUGUCACCUUCAGUAAUCUGUUUUAGAAAUGCCAUUUCUUAGUGCUAAAUUGUUUUAAUUCACAAAAGAAGUGAAGUGCUUCCUUUCCACCGCCCUUUUAUACUAAGAUGUGUCUAAGGUGUCUAAGCAGGCUAUUUACUCAUAACUCCAGUCACAGUAAUUUGUGGGAAGACUUGUGUACAGGUCUCAUCAUGGUAUAUGACAUGAAAUAGGUUUUUUUCAGUUGCUGAUCAUUCCACAAUUGUUCAAGAAGAUGAUACCAUCAAUUUACCAGAAGAAAUUUCUCUUUUUUUAGUGUAAAGGACCAAUUACCAUUGCACAGAAGCACAAAUGUUGGAUUUUAUGCAAUGUAGAUAAAAGUAUGUGGCAGCUAGCAAUCCCUCUUCACUGAGCCUCCCUAAUUUGAGUGGAGCUUCUAUAGGGAUAUCACCAAAGAGUCUCAGCAGCCCUCACCAGCAACAUGCCUGGGACUCCAGAAGUUGUACAACUACAAGGAAGAAGUAAUUUCCACUAAUUCCCCUCAGAAUAGAUACUUUAUGUGUGACACUAAUAUGAUACUAAACAAACAGUUCUGGCCAAACAUUUAAAAAUGAAAACACACAUGGCCUAUGUGUGCAUCAGUCUUUUCACUUAGUUCUCAGAGGUCUCCAAGCUGAAAACUAAAAGCAGAGGGAAGAAGAAAUGCCCUAAUUCUGCAGAUAUUAGUGGAGCUACACUGUACGAUCCUGGAUUAAUGCAAUAAUGAGCUUGCCUGUGGAACCAGAUCCCUCAAAUUCCAAUUUUUGGCAAAAUCACAAGUUGAGGUUCGCAUAGCCUACACUGCCACAUUGAAUCAGGGGCCUGAGUUUAUGGAAAGCAUUUUUGGUUAAGAAACAUGGCAACAGGAUCUAUGAAAUUAUUUUACUCCAACAUCCCACUUUUCAAAAUGUAGUUUAUGUACUUCAGUAAAUUUUGUCUGACUCCCAUGGAGCAUCAGGCCCCUGUUUCCUGUCCAUGCAUUUGGCCCUUCUGGGCUGUGGUGAAGUGCCACAGUUCCACAAGCAGCAAGCUGCAGUGAGAGAGCUGAGCUGGCAGACAGGCACAGGUACACAAGUUCGAGCAAGGGACAAAUAUCUCCUCCACAAUCAGGCUGUGACACCUGAGCUCCCCACUCUGCAGAGGAAGACAGGACUUGAUACCAAAGGGAGAACAGCGAGGAAGGGCAGAGCAUGGUGGUGACAGAGCCCCGUAGUGCACGCUGUUUGCUAGAGCAGAUGGGAGCACGGCAUUGAAGAUGUGCAAUGACAACAGCAAGAAUCUUCUUUCAGUUCCCCCCAACUUCCUCUUCUCUGCCACUUCCCCCCCUCCCCCUUCUGUCAUUUUUGUGAGACUGCAAACAUACUUCUAUAGGCCCUUCAACUAGAACUGAAAGCAAGCCAAAGGGAGUGGACACUCCAUUUCACCAAAGAUCUAAGUCUUUUCUGUUUGAAAAUUUAAAAAAAAAAAAUCAAAUUUUAUUUCCAUGAUGAUGGCUGCCAGAGGAAGCAUUUUGCCACAAAACAUGAUUCCCAGGACUUAAUCUCUCUAGCUGUAUAUUCAGGAGGAGCCAAUAGUACUUCUAAAGAGAGACUAUAAAUUACCUUGUCAAACAAGUGCUUACAUUGGGUUUACCUUCUGCUGAGUUCAUACCUAUCUGCAAUUCCAUGGUCUCAUCCAUGUUUCCUCCCUCUACCUUUCUGCUCUUCUUCAGAAGAGCACUUCCCCAUGUCCACCAUGUCCUGUUGUGCCGCUAGCUUUGUAUGGUCCUUGGGUGUCCAGUGGUUGGGCAGUCACUGUCGGCUGGCUUGCAAAUUGUAUUUUGUGUAUAUUUUAUUCUGACUGAAUUCUGAAAUGGAAAUAUUUUAAAACAAAAAGUAUAAACUAUUUAUGUUGCUUGUGUUGUAGAAUAAAGAUGCAAACGCAGAAUAAA